AUGUCAAACGCUACAAAAUCCACUCCAAUCAAGGACGAAGCUACUCGAUCUCAGUCUACAAUGGGUAUGGAUUCCCUUGUCGUCAACGUCAUUCCUAUUUCAAGUAUACCACCUAUAAGUCCUACGAAGAAGGUGAAGAAAACUUCGAAGAAGGAGAAGACACCACAAGUAGGCCUCAACUCUUCAUCUCCCUCUGCUUCGAUUAAGAAAACGAAGAAGAAAAGCAAGAAAUCAAAAACUGGAUUGAGGAGGAGUUUUACAAUGUCUGAACUCCAUGUUGAUCCACUUCCAUCGAGUGGUGUUGCUACUCCUAUCAUUAAUCCUGCAGAAGAAAAUGUCGACGCAUCUGGUAAGAAUCCUCUUAAUCUAGGCCUUGAUGUUUCCAAUUCUGUUGAAACCCUAGAUGUAGAGAACCCUGCUGUGUCUGAAAAUUUGGGGAAAAGUGUUCCAAACCCCCUAUUGCUGUUGAUGCUACUAUUGGUGCUUCCACUAAGACCAAUGAUGAUUGUGCUGCUGAGUCUCUCAAGAAAACAGUCUGCUGCUGAUAAGGAUGUCAAUGAAAACCCUGAUGUUGUAAUUGUAAAUGAAACAACUGUUAGUGAUAAGGCUGCAAAAGGUACUGGUAAAAAGCCCCUAUAUGGACCUCCAAAGCCUGUGAGUAAGGUGGUUCCUAGAACUGAGGAGAAGGGAAAAGCUAAGAAAAGGAAAGCUCCACCAACUAGUGACUCUGAGUUUGAGACAGAGACAGAUAAUGGGUCUGCUAGAUGGAAGUUUGUGUAUCACAGGAGGUUGGCUCUAGAAAGGAAUCUGAAAGAAGAUAUCCUUCAAUGCCAAAGUGUUGUUGAAGCUAUUGAAUAUGCAGCAAGUCCUGAAUAUAGGGCAAAUCCUGAAUAUAGGCAAGUUUUUGUUCGUGGGAAGUGUGUCAAAUUCUCACCAACUGUGAUUAAUCAAUAUCUGCAAAGACAUACUGAAGAGGUGGCUGAUCUGAAGGUUACAGACAAUGAGGUCUGCAAGGUUAUCACAGGUGGCAGGGUGAAGGUCUGGCCUACUAAGGCUAAGUUGGCUGCAACCUCUCUCUCUCCCUUAUAUGCCAUUUUAAAUAGGGUUGCUGCACACAAUUGGGUGCCUACAACCCACUCAGGUGAUGUGGCCAGAGGUUUAGGCAAAUUCAUUUAUUCUGUGGGUACUAAGGCAAAAUUUGAUUAUGGGUCUUAUUUCUUUCAUGAAACAUUAAGCCAUGCUAUGACCUAUGCUGUUGAAAAGCCAGUAGCCUUUCCCACUUUGCUGUGUAAUGUCAUCCUUGAGCAGCAUCCAGAUAUUCUGAGGAGCACUGAUGUUCCUUGUACAAGAAAGGGAGGGCUGACCAUUGAGCAAAGGCUGCUUGAAGGGACAAAUAUGAUUGCUGACUUGACUGAGGCUAGCAGAGCACUUGAGGCCAGAAAAUUGAAGAUAGAUCGUGUGAUUGAGGCCCUCAAGGCUUAUGAAGCUGUUGAUAUUGCUGAGGGUGAGCCUGAUAGACAAGAAGGUAUUGAAACUAGUGGCUCUGAGGAUGGUACUGAGGAUAUGAUGGAGGACUCUGAUGAAACACUUGGUCACACUAAUCCAAUGCUACAAUUCUCCAAUCUCUUACAACACCAAGAAAGAGUGAAAGCAACACUUGUCACACCCUUUUCCAACUACAACAACAUAACCAAAUCCAAAUUGCCACCUUCCAUUACAAUUGAAACAAUUUCUGAUGGUUUUGACAAAGAUGGAGCUAUAGAAGAAAAUGGUUUUAAAUUCUAUAUGUAUAAAUUUUGGCAAGUUGGUCCACAAUCUCUUGUUGAUCUUAUUAACAACUUUGCUAAAUCAAACAACCAUGUUGAUUGUCUUAUUUAUGAUUCAUUCAUGCCUUGGUGUUUAGAUGUUGCAAAGAGAUGUGGAAUUGUUUGUGCAUCUUUUCUAACUCAAAAUCUUGCUAUAUGA